AUGAGGGCCCCAGGGUCCUGCGGCGUUUUCCGGGGUUCACGGAGCUCCGCGCUCUUGCGUGUCCUGGGCAGCGGCUCUUCCCCAGCCAGCGGCCAGGGCUGCAGUGAGAACCACGGCCAGGGCGCGCGCCCGCUCAGGGCGCCCCCGGAGCCUCCCGGCCCCGGCUCCGGCUCCGGCUCCGGCUCCGGCUCCGGCUCGGGCCUCGGCCUCCCGCGGAACGUGCUCAGCGAGAGGGAGCGCAGGAAGCGGAUCUCGGUGAGCUGUGAGCGCCUUCGGGCCCUGCUGCCCCGGUUUGAUGGCCGGCGGGAGGACAUGGCCUCGGUCCUGGAGAUGGCGGUGCAGUUCUUGCAGCUUGCUGGCACCCUGGUGCCCAGCCAGGAGCCGCAUGCUGUUCUUGGUCCUUCCAAGGAGAUGUGGCGCGAGUGGCAGAGGGAUGUUACGCAGCAGGCCGCGUCGCGUCCGAGCGCUGCAGGGCCCCCAGACUGCGGCAUGGGAGCCUGUGGCCUGACUGUGCCACGGGCUCCUCCCGGCUGUGUGACCGCGGGCGCAGGCGAGGGCGAGGCCCCGUCAGGGGUGGCCGAGGGGCCGGAGGGGCCGCCAGCCCUCCCUGAGCCCUGCAGCCUGCUGUCCCAGCCCCCAGGCCCAAGUCCCUCCAAGGCGCUGAGGCUGCCCCCACCCUGGCCUCCCCGUUUGUGGCAGCCACCCUCCCCCCUGGUGAGCGAAGAGGCUCAGAGCUGCCUGGGCCAGGCUGGGACCCCAGCGGAGGGGGCCGACUGUGUCGUGACACUGGACGCCAGGUCCGUGUCGGGAUGUGACGUGGAAGACGGGACGUCCUACUUGCUGAACGCCGGUCCCGACUGGUGGCUGGGGUCUCUGGAGGGCAGAGGUGCCAGUGCCCCUUCUCGGAGCACAGCCAGGAGCAGCCUGCUGGACAGGGCAGAGCCAGGCUUCCUGACAGACCCCGAGCCUGGCUCCCAGGAGCUCCCGGACGGCCCCCUGGAGCCAUGGGGCUCGGAUGUGGGCUGCCCCAGCCUGGCCCUGCGGGAGGAGGUGGACAGUAUCUUCCCCGAUUUCUUCCCCUGCUAGGCAGCAGGGAGAGCCCGUGUCUCACGUGUCUGUGUGGGGUGCUGGGAGGCUUCUUUUGGGUUUGGGCGGCCCCUGUGCUCUGCUGUGGCGAGGCUGGGGGGCCGCAGCGGGUGGAGGCCGAGGAUUAAAGGCAGGGCGGCGCUCCUGCAGA